AGAGAGUGUCCAGCAUGAAAAGGAUUCUCUGGCUGCUCAGCUACAGUUGUCCCUGGCUAAGGCUGACUCUGAGGGUCUGGCCCGGUCUAUCGCAGAGGAACAGCUGUCAGACGUGGAGAAGGAGAAGACAUAUCUAGAACUGGAAAUCAAGGAGCUGAUGAAUCGCCAUAAAACAGACCUCAGCAAAAAGGAACACAUGAUUCUUGUGUUGGAGGAAUCCAAACGAGAAUUUACAAAAGAAAUUGAGGAGGUGCGGUCAGAGAAAGAGGACACAGAAAACAAGUUAAAGAAAAUCCAGGAAGAACUUCAGAAGGUUCAGUCACAGUCUGGUGGCUCAAAUACAGAAAUCGAGAAACUCAAGAAAAACUUGGAGGAAGAAAAACUCAAGAAAAUUCAGGCUGUCAAUAAGUUAGCAGAAAUAAUGAAUCGUAAAGGAUACCAGUCCAAAUCCUCAAAAAACAGUGCAGCAGAGCAGAAUAUAAAGAAGAAGGAGAAAGAGAUGAGAAAACUGCAGCAGGAUUUACAUAUGGAGAAAGAAAAGUAUAACAAGAUGGUGGAGAAAUAUUCGCGAGAUUUAUCGGAGACACAGGCGGCACUGUUUGAGGAGGGGCAACAGAAGGGGAAGUUACAGAUGGAACUGGACGCUAAAGAAAGCGAGAUCGAGCAACUCCGACAGAAACUGGCCGUCAUGGAUAACUUGUCUAUAAAUAGCUCUCAUAUUGAGGACGGAGAUCUAAGUAUGACCAGUACAUCCUCCAGUGAUACUUACAUGGAGGGGUGGUUAUCAGUGCCAAACAAACAAAACAUAAAGAAGUAUGGAUGGAAGAAGCAGUAUGUUGUUGUUAGCAGUAAAAAAGUGUUAUUCUACAACACAGAGGCAGAUCGACAAAAUGUCUCCGAUCCAGUUCUAGUGUUAGACAUAGAAUGUUUAUUCCAUGUGAGGCCAGUCACACAAGGAGAUGUGUACAGAGCCGACUCUAAAGAUAUUCCAAGGAUAUUUCAGGUGCUAUAUGCUACAGAGGGGGAGAAUCGAAGACCAGAGGAAAUAGGUCAUGAUAAUCUCCCUCAGGACAAGUCAGCUGUGGAGAAACAUAAAGGCCACGAGUUUGUACCGAUUCAUUACCGUACUCCUACCACAUGUGAUUCCUGUAACAAGCCUGUGUGGCACAUGCUUCACCCUCCACAAGCUCUCGAGUGUAGACGAUGCCAUACAAAGGUUCAUAAAGACCAUUUAGAUAAAAAUGAAGAAUUUGUAGGAUAUUGUAAAGUGAACUUUGAUCAGAAUAUACAGGCCAAGGAGAUGCUGCUGUUAGCAGAAACCACUGAGAAACAGAAGAUGUGGAUCCAACACCUCAGUAAAAAGAUUAAAGGCAAAGGUUUCGCAGUCUCAGGAACAGGGGGGCCCACACGAGGCACGAGACAGUACGCUUCAUUCGGAAUUCAGGGCCGACAGCCUAACGCCCGUUCCUCAUCAACUCUUCCGUCUAACAGUCGACCGUCAUAGCAGCUCAAACCCUCCCAGGCUAGCUGUCCUGACCCGAGGCCUGCCUAGCUCACCUGUACACUGAAAACAUUGAGUGACUCUGAUCAAAGUCACAUAACCAUUACAAUAAUAGUAGCUAUUAUUUAUUUAUAACAGUUAUUCUUAUACAUUCCUUGACACGUCAGUUCAUACAUUGUUCAAGGUUUUCUAGCUGUCCGAAUCUGCUUAAAUGUACAUUUAUAUCAUUAUUAUGUAAAUAAAAAUGUCAAUUUUUA